AUGAUCACAACGGUAUUCCUUGGCGCGCUGCUCAUGGCGUCUGAUGUCCUCGCUUGUGCGGGACACCAGAACCACUAUGCCAUGGCAGACAGGAAGCGUGCAGAGAUGGCUCCGUUGCCGGCUGCAGACUGGGCCUAUGAGGCCUCGUUCAAUUGGGGCCGCCUCAAUCCAAACUACACCUUGUGCCAGACCGGCACGCAGCAAUCGCCCAUUGCGCUCAGCCUCAACAACGGACUGGCGCUGAACCACAUCCUCCGGUUCAACUACCCCAAUCAGACGGCGGGCAACUUCUAUAACUGGGGCUACGGCCCCGCCUUCACUGUCACGCACCCGGAAGGUGUCUAUACCGGCAACCCGUCCUUCACCUACGAUGACAUGAAGCUCUACCUCAAAGGCUGGCACAUCCACUCGCCCGCCGACCACUCGGUUAACGGCGACAGGUCCAAGGCGGAGCUGCACCUCGUCCACGUCGACGAGGAGGGCCACGAGAAGGCCGUACUGGCGAUCCGACUUGACCCCGGCAACGCUAACAACACCUUCUUCGACCAGCUGCCGCCCAUGAUCGGCUUCAACGAUGUCGGCGUCCAGCAGGAGAUCGAGGUUGACCACAUGCCGGCGUUGAACAGCGUGCUACAGUUCAACGAGUUCUGGACCUACCGCGGCAGCUUGACUAGUCCGCCCUGCCACGAGGGCAUCCGCUGGUUCGUUGCGCGCCAAGUCAUGUUUCUGGGCGUCGACCAGAUGAGAGCCAUUCUGGGCGCGAGCACCUACAGCGCAAGGGCUGAGCAAGAAGUUUGGCAACAUCGCAUCAACGAGUGA